AUGUCACUGGCCAUACAUUACGUCAUUCUCCCACGAAUGCCGUGCCUUGCCCGCCUGGAUAGCAUGGGUGAGAACGGCACUUGGGCAGUCAAAUGCCACGGGUGGAUUAAACUAUCCGAUGAGCAGUUCCGACCCGUCCAGCGAAAGUGGAGCACCAAAAGAUAUUCCCGCUGGGCCAUCGUCAAGGACUACCUCCCGGACCGGGUAGCCUUAUCUGAUAUUCCAGAUAUAAAGCGUAAGAUGGUAAUCGCGAGAAGAGCUAGACUAUUCCCAGGUGAUGCCGAGCCAAAGAACUAUCGUGGCUCAUUUUUGGUGGAUCUUGGUCGUACCAAAACAUGGCCAUACAUAGAGUUUAUCUGGUCAGAUAAACGACGCAGAGCGUUCUUUGACAACUUCGAAAGAUAUCUCAAGUGCUGGGUUCUUUGUGACCUUAAUGGUAGGAGGGUGUCGGAAGAGGAAGCCUCUCGCUACGCAACAAACCCAGAGCAAUUUAUGGUGGACUUUGAUUGCCGGGUCGCUUUGUACGACGAUUCAUGGCCGAAUCCUUUCAGAUAA